AUGGCUCAACCACAACAACUAGCACAGGAGUGGAACAGCGAAUUUCAGAGAUACGUGAUUCCGUUUUGGGAUAAGAACUAUGGACGUUACUAUUGGCAGCACUAUAUUGAAGGCCAAGGUUGGACAUUCUUCGACUGGGCUCCCGUCGGAUGGGUUCCCGCGGCGCAUGCCGUACCCCCGGCUCAGUCUCAAGUCCAGUUCCAGCAGCCGCAUAUACGUAGCGACUCUGUCCAAACUGUCACCUCAUCCGGAGCCUUUUACGUCAGGGGCAGUGCUUUCUUUGAGGAAGGGAAGGUCUUUUCGGUUCUCUUCACUGAGCCAGCGGGUACCAACGCCCUGAACGGGCUGAAUCCCAUGGCCGACUACAAUACCAACUUGUCCAGCAAUACCAGCCUUUCAAGGCUUGUACAGGGUGAAGCGCCGCUGCGGAAGGCUCCCAUCCCAAUCGAAAUGGAGGAAAAUAACAGGGCGCUGGUCCCGGCCUCCAGAAUCUACUUCGCCAUCCACCACCCGAUUCAGUACAACGUCAAGGUGAAAAAUCUCGGCCACGUCCAUCCAGAUUAUAUUCCCACUUUCCUUGGCUACUGGAACCAGGAGAACACAGACUCACAGGACGACCCUGAUGUGGCACAAAACCCAAACAAUACGGACAAUUUCUAA